AAAAACAAAAAGUAAAAAAAAAACUCCCACCACGCCUCCCCCUCUGACCCCCACCAUCUCAAUCCAUGACCAUCUCCUUCACUCGGCCGGACGGCCACUCUGAGCUCUUCCGCGACUACUGCGCCGACGGCCGUCGCUCUCAGCCCAACUCCAUCUGCUUGUGUCUGGCUCCGUCGGUCACUCCGUCAAGCUCUAGAAGUUUCCUGACUUUUUCAAGACCGGACUAUAAAGAAAUGGCUUUCCUUAGUAAAAUUGGCGGCGUCUUGAGGCAGAGCGUUGCUCAGAAUGUACAAGCACCAAUGCCAUCUAUGCUUAAUUCGAUUCGAUGGAUGUCGACAUCCAAGCUCUUCGUGGGAGGCCUUUCAUUUGGAACCGAUGACCAAUCUCUUAAAGAUGCGUUUUCCGGCUUUGGUGAGGUUGUUGAUGCUAGGGUUAUAUGUGAUAGAGACACUGGGAAGUCAAGGGGUUUUGGUUUCAUUAGCUUUUUGACCACAGAGUCUGCUGAAUCAGCAGUGUCUACCAUGGAUGGUCAGGAUUUGCAAGGGCGAACCAUCCGUGUAAGUUAUGCUAAUGAACGUCCCCCUCGUGGCGGCGGCGGUUACGGUGGUGGUGGCUAUGGCGGUGGCGGCGGUGGCGGUGGUUAUGGUGGUGGUCGUGGUGGUGGUGGCUAUGAUCGAGAGAGCUUUUAAACCGGUCAUCAGCUGUUGAUUGGUUUUUCAGCUUCAUUACUUUUUAGAAUUAAGGUUUCUAGAUUUGCUUUAUUACUUGUUCUCGGUGCAAUUUAGUGCUGGAUUCUCCUUCAUGUAUGUCGUUACCUAGUAGCAUGAGUUUUGAUCGUAGAGAUCUUCAUGUUGCGCACAAGGAGGAAUGAUUCAUUUGUGUUGGGUAAUUUCUACAUGUUUCAAUCAAUGAAGAUUGUUUUCUUUAUUUUUUUCCCCCCAA